AUGAAAGUGUCUGGCCAUUCAGAAGACGCCUACACCACUGAUCCGUGUGGUGCUCUAUCCAAUAAACGUUAUUCACAAAGCUCUGCUGGUACUUACCUGGAACUGGUCAUCCAGGAGAAAGUCCAAUCCAUACAGCUGGAACAUGCCCAAUCGCGUUGCCAGGCGGUUCUUCACAGCGAGGAAGGUUCGGUGGAUGAUGCGCCGAAUGCGAUACUGGAAAAAAAUCUAGGACACCUUAAUGGAAAAUUCCUCUUGGCAUCGUUCACAGAUCUCGUGCACCUGUGUUCGUCAAAGGGUGCUGGGACAAUUGGUUUGGAGAUAGUGGUGGAGGAGGGUGCUCUACUUGAUGAUUCACCCUGGGUACCGCUGUGCCAACGUCCGCAAACCAAACAAUGGCGAGCGGAAUGGUGGCUUAGUAGCUUGGGUCGCGGUCGUCCACUCCGACGGCAGUCUCGUGAUUCCUAUUGGACAUGUGAUCCCACGGAGAAAACAAGGCAGGCUCAGCAAACGGGACGUGAGCGCGCAUGGCUAAACCGGCACGAGACUAGUGAACUGGCAAUAGAAGAAGCGAUCGGUGAGAACAAAACGGUGGGCGAGCGAAAUACGCGGAUUCCCAUCGGCCUUGUGAUAACGGACUGGGAGGCCCGGGGAUCGAAUCCGGAUCGACAACUUGGAAGGCUGCCAUGA